AAUGACUAUAAAGGUAGAAUGUUCGUCUCAAUUGAUAAAUAUCCAUUUCCUACUGCACCACAAUUUUAUUUGACGAUAUCUUACCAUCAUGAUCAAUCCACAUACAUCUGUUGGCAUCGCACAAGUCGUGUUCUACGCGCUUGUAUUGCCCAUCGCUGUGUUUAUUCUUAUCAGCAAUUGGAAACAUGGGUUGCGUCUUGCCUCAUACCCCCUUGUCACAUUCUCCCUAGCUCGUCUCGCUGGUGGAAUCUUAACCAUUCUCCGUCAAUCUGACCCUACUAGUAUCGGGCUUAUCAUCGCGACCACAGUGCUGCUCAAUGUCGGCCUCAUUCCAUUAAUGAUCUCCAUGGUUGGGUUCAUCCGUUUGAUUAUAAAAUCGAGUCUUGAUGAGAACAAGCGAGCUUUUGCUCUUUUGAAGAUCAUUCGCCUAGCUUUCAUUGCCGCUAUUGCUCUCCUCUGUGUCGCAGGGGCUUUUAGUGGUUCUAGUAUACACCUCUCAAGACACUUGACUCAAGCUGGAUAUGUCACUCUUGCUGCUGUCAUUGCUCUGAUGACUGUCGAGUUACUUCAUCUCUAUACCCAAAAACACCGCAUUUCUCCCGAGAGACACAUUUUUAUACAGCUUACUCUGGCAAGCAUUCCGACACUUGUCCUCCGAACAGUCUAUGGACUUCUUUGCGCUUUCACUGUUGACAACGUAACGACCAUAUGGAAUUCACUUAUAGGAUCGGCGGUUGCGUUUGCUUUGAUGUGUCUGCUUGCUGAGUAUAUUACACUUCUGAUCUUUCUUUAUCUGGGGAUUCGCCAUUGGCGAGGCGUCUGUGCCGAGAGCUUGGGAAGUGUCGAGAUGGAGUCUUUGAGCAAGUGAGGAGCGCUUGGGAUACAAGAGUAGGGGGAGGAAGAUAGUGAUCUCCGUACUAUAUACAAUUUGCUUUUCGGCAACGCAAAUCAGAUUCUUUUAUAAAAUUCAGAAUUUUAACUGG